AUGGGCUCAGAUCCUCAGUUCGCCAAAUACCCCGACCUAACCCUCGCUCAACAUAUCUUCACCCUCGCCAAUGCACCUCAGGCGCUUCAGCCGACGUCGCUGACCUAUCUUCAAAAUGCGAUCAAGGACCAUAAGAUGGCGCCGCUAUAUCGGCACCUGGCGCACCCCACCGAAGGUGUGCUGAACGCUGUAGGCGAAAGUACAGCUCAACCGCCGCAACAACCGUCAAAACCUCCUGCUCGACGAGCCUCUCUAGUGUCAAGCAAUCUAUUACCGCCCAAGAAACCUGUACCUUCUGGCAUCCUGCCAUGGGACGAGUCACUCUAUAAAGAGCUGAAGGCGGAUAAUGAGAAAGAGCUGGAGCAAUUCCAGAAGGAGGAGGAGGCCGAGAAGGAGGCGGGAGAAACAGAGAUCCAAGCGGCCCGAAGCAAGCGUGCGGAAUUCUGGGCUCGGGUGGGUGACAAGGACAAAGCUAUCGCCGCCUACGAGAAAGUCUUCGACAAGACCGGCCCGUUAGGGACGAAGAUUGACAUUGUCCUCGCCAUCAUCCGAAUUGGCAUCUUCUUCAACGACAAGGCAUUCGCGAAGAGGCAGAUAGAACGCGCAAGCAUCCUGGUAGAGAGUGGUGGAGACUGGGAUCGAAGAAAUCGGUUGAAAGCCUACAAGGGCCUGCAUCUCCUCACCGUCCGAUCCUACAACCUUGCUGCACCACUGCUCCUCGACAGUCUCUCCACUUUCACCAGCUACGAACUAUGCAGUUACUCCUCGCUGGUUGUCUAUGCCGUGCUGGCGGGCUCACUUUCGCUGAAUCGAGUUGACUUCAAGGCCAAAGUCGUCGAUGCUCCGGAAAUUAAAGCCAUUCUCGGGGACACCGAAGACAAAGCAGAAGGCGGAGAUGAAGAGAUGAAGGAUGUGUCUGCUUCGACCGCAGAACGUGCCAGCGGGUUGGUCAAUGUGAACGCCCUUGGAACGGGUGGUGCCGUAGAGUCGCAGACCGAGGCCCCAGUGGAUGUCUCGUCUCUGGGUCAACUGGUGAACAGUCUCUAUACCGGCAACUAUCGGAAGUUCUUCCUGGCCUUGGCCGCCGUUGAGGAGAACUUCUUGACGCAAGACCGCUACUUGUACGAGCAUCGAGCAUGGUUCGUCCGCGAGAUGAGACUGCGAGGCUAUCAGCAACUGUUGCAGUCCUACCGAGUGGUCGGACUGGCGACGAUGGCACAGGCGUUUGGUGUCAGCGUUGACUUCUUGGACCGAGAUCUGGCCAAGUUCAUUGCUGGUGGUCGGGUCAGUUGUACGAUUGACCGAGUUCAAGGGACCAUCGAGACAACACGUCCUGACGACAAGAACAAACAAUAUGCGGACGUGGUGAAACAAGGCGACGCCCUGAUUACGAAGCUGCAGAAGUACGGCCAGGCAGUGAGGCUGAGAGGAAGCGAGCGAGCUUGA